AUGACGCAAGUUCGAAGAGAAACAAGCACUGAGGAAAAGCUUGGGCGUGACCAGAACGGCCCGACAGGCGAUGCGGACAAUCAGGUUACAGUGCCACCAAUUGGAAUCUCUGGCGAUCUUGAACAGUCUUCAGGACAAGAGCCACCGAACGAUGCGACACCGCCUGCUCCUGUCAAGCCGCCAAUGUUUGAAGUACCAGAUGGUGGACUUGUGGCCUGGCUUCAAGUCGCUGGUGGAUUCUCCCUGUUCUUUAACACAUGGGGCAAUUUGAAUACUUUUGGGAGAUAUCUCCGAACCCUUCUCGCUGUCGGCUCUUUCCUCAUCAUCUUUGGCUAUAUGAUGCUCAGUAUAUGCAAAGCCUAUUGGGAAGUUGUGCUGGCCCAGGGAUUCUGCAUCGGAAUCGGCGGUGGACUACUCUUUAUCCCAGCAAUAGCCCUCCUCCCCACCUAUUUCCGUAGGAGACUCGGUCUGGCCGUGGGUUUGGCUGCUGCAGGCAGUUCGAUGGGUGGUAUCAUCUAUCCGAUCGUCUUUUACCGACUUAUUGACCGGAUUGGCUUUGGCUGGUCUACUCGAGUCAUUGGGUUUAUCACUCUAGCCACCUUACUCGUCCCCAACCUGGUGAUGAGACAGCGCAUCAGGCCUCCCAAAGCCAGAGCCUUGAUUGACACCACCGCCUUCAGGGAUCGGCCCUAUCUCCUGUUCGUCUUCGGUGCGAUCACGGGCUUUACCGGUCUGUAUGUCAUGUUGUUCUAUAUCUCCUUCUACGGUGAAGUCCAUGGCUAUACCAACCGGAGCUUAUCAUUCUACGUCAUCCCGAUUCUUAAUGCGGCCUCGGUCUUCGGUCGAACAGUCCCCAAUGCGAUCUCCGACAAGACUGGUCCUUUCAACCUGAUCGGUCCAGGAGCCCUGGUCUGCAGCAUCUUGAUCUUCUGCACGCUGGCAGUGAAAAGUGCCGCCGGUGUAGUCGUCGUCGCCGCGUUUUUCGGUUUCUUCUCGGGCGUCUUUAUCGCGUUACCGCCCGUCUGUCUUGCUGCGUUGACAAAGGACAAGUCGAAGAUCGGGACGAGACUUGGCAUGGCCUUUGGCAUCACCUCAAGCAGUGCGCUCCUGGGUGGACCUGGGUCGGGUGCGGUUCUGGGAGCAGAUGCUACUGAUCUGCAUUGGACGAGAACUUGGGUAUUUGGUGGGGUCUUCACCAUCUUUUCCGGCUGUCUCUUUAUCUUACUUAGAGGGUGGAUCACCGGAUGGAAGCUCAUGGUCAAGGUUUGA